CCAAGCGCCAUCAUUAAUUCAAGAGAGAGAGGGAGAGAGAGAGGCGCAAAGGAGCUCCCUUCUCUCUCUUCUUCAAUGUCCUGAACCCAGAUAACCCAUCAGCAUCCUCCUCUUUUUCUCUGUUUUCUUGCUAUUUUUGGGUGAAUUUUUGUGCGGUUUUGGCCGACAUUUGUUGGUUAUUUUUUUGGAAAUGGAUUCUGAGGGGAUUAUCUCAAUGUCGGUGGCUUCGGUUGUUGAGGAUGUAAUUAAACAGCAUGGGACGAGGCUUAGCGACAUUGAUUUGGCUUCAAGAAGAGCAGAGGAAGCAGCGACAAGAAGAUCAGAUGCAGCCAGAUGGCUCAGAAGAACAGUCGGAGUAGUAAUUGGAAAAGAUUUACCCGAACAGCCCUCAGAGGAAGAAUUCAGGCUCGGGCUAAGGAAUGGGAUCAUUCUAUGCAAUGCCUUUAACAAAGUUUAUCCCGGUACUAUUCCCAAGGUGGUAGAGGCUCCUGCAGAUUCCCCAGAUGGAGCAGCACUCUCUGCAUUUCAGUACUUUGAGAAUGUCAGAAAUUUCCUUGUUGCCUUGGAAGAGAAGGGUCUUCCCACAUUUGAGGCUUCAGAUUUGGAAAAGGGUGGCAAAGGCUCCCGAGUUGUGGAUUCUGUUUUGGCUCUUAAAUCCUAUAGUGAAUGCAAUCAAAUGGGAAAAAAUGGUUACACGAAAUAUGGUGGGCUAAUAAAACCUACCGGCUCAAUGAAGUCUUUCUUUAAGAGAAAUACAGAAGCUUUCAUGAAUACUUUGUACAGAAAUCAGUUACUGAAUGAUAAAUCCCACGAUGAUCACAACUUAAAUGAGGACUUCUCAAUUGAGUCAACUGAAAUGAAAUCUUCAGAUUCUGUAAGUAUGCUUGUUCGCUCAGUUCUAUCAGAUAAAAAGCCUGAAGAAGUCCCACAAAUUGUGGAGGCAAUGUUGAGUAAAGUUAUGCAAGAAUAUGAGCGACGAAUUGCAAAUCAAAAUGAGAUGCAGGUGAGAAGAACUGAAAAUGAUAUAUCUGUUGGCAGAAAAUCUUGUCCUGCAAUGGAAAUUGAAUCGACUUCUGCUGUAAGAAAGGUAGAAGUCGCAGAAGAUAAUUCAACAAUGACCAAUGCAGCUGACCAUCAAGCAAAAUUGAUAGAUGAAGAGUCGUCGAAGAGGAGAAUUUUGAAGCAGAAGUUAAUUUUUGAUCACCAACAAAGAGGGAUUGAGGAACUGAAAUAUACACUGCAUACUGCUAAGGCUGGUAUGGAGUUCAUGAGGAGUCAGUAUUGUCAGGAGUUCAAUAACCUCAACAAGCAUUUGCAGGUCCUCUCUAAUGCUGCAUCCGGAUACCACAAAGUCCUUGAGGAGAACAGGAAGCUUUAUAAUCAAGUCCAAGACCUUAAAGGAAAUAUUAGGGUAUAUUGUCGGGUGAGACCUUUCCUACCGGGGCAACAAAGUGGUAUGAGCACUCUUGGUCGUCUAGAUGAUGGAAGCAUUACAAUCAUCACCCCUUCAAAAUAUGGCAAAGAAGGCCGUAAAUCUUUUAACUUUAAUAAAGUAUUCGGCCCUUCAGCAACCCAAGAGGAAGUCUUUGCGGAUACCCAACCUCUAAUUCGGUCUGUUCUUGAUGGCUACAAUGUGUGCAUCUUUGCAUAUGGUCAGACUGGAUCAGGCAAAACUUUCACUAUGAGUGGACCUGACGAACUCAAUGAACAAAGCAUCGGAGUAAACUACAGGGCGUUAAAUGACCUCUUUUAUCUCUCAGAACAAAGAAAAGGCACAUUUCAUUAUGAAAUUUCGGUUCAAAUGAUUGAGAUUUACAAUGAGCAAGUGAGAGAUCUCCUUGAUAGUGAUGGUCUUAACAAGAGAUUAGAAAUACGUAACAGCUCACAAAAUGGGCUCAACGUUCCAGAUGCAAAUGUGCUCCCAGUUUCAUGCCCUUCUGAUGUUAUUGAACUGAUGAAUCUCGGGCAUAGAAAUCGUGCUGUUAGUGCAACAGCCAUGAAUGAUCGAAGCAGUCGAUCUCAUAGCUGUUUGACCAUUCAUGUUAAUGGGAAAGAUAUGACAUCGGGCUCCACGUUUAGAGGGAGCAUGCAUCUAGUGGAUCUUGCUGGUAGCGAAAGAGUAGACAAAUCUGAAGUUAAAGGAGAUAGACUUAAGGAGGCACAGCAUAUAAAUAAAUCUCUUUCAGCACUAGGAGAUGUGAUAUCCUCACUUGCUCAAAAGAACUCUCAUGUACCUUACAGGAAUAGUAAACUCACACAGUUACUUCAAGAUUCCCUUGGAGGACAAGCGAAAACACUGAUGUUUGUGCACAUCAGUCCUGAGAUGGAUGCUGUUGGUGAGACUCUCAGCACGCUUAAAUUUGCUGAAAGGGUUGCAAGUGUUGAGCUUGGUGCUGCAAAGCUAAAUAAAGACAGUGGAGAUGUUAAAGAACUCAAAGAGCAGAUAGCUCAACUUAAGGCGGCGCUGGCGAGGAAAGAGGGAGAAUCGGAGCCCUUAAGAAGUACUAUGUCGAGUCCUGAUAUGUUUAGAAUGAAGAAUAAUUGUAUAGAAUCAUCUGCAGAGGACCUUAUGAGUAAUCACAGGCAGCCAAUGGAGGAUGUCGGAAACCUGGAGGCCCGAGGUAAUUCUGCACUGAGGCAAAAGAAGCCUAAUUUUGACCUCCAACAGAUCCUAAUGUCGGCUGAUGACACUGAAAUAGGUUCCCAAAAUUGGGUCGAUAAGAUCAUGGUAAACAAGCUCGAGUCUACAGUCAGGGAUGAUUCUAUAAGGGACGAUGAAUCUAUAAGAAAUGAUUUCUUUUACCAAAGAUAUCUACCUGAUACAAGAAAAGAAAUACCAGAAUUUGAUACACGUAGGAAUCGAUUUGAUUAUGAUUCAGAUGACUCCGAGAUGGCAACAAGCAAUUCCUCGGAAGUGGACAUGCAUUAUCAAUUUAGUCUACCAAAGGCUUUUCCAAGAUCUAACAUGAAGCAGCCUAAAUCAAAGAUCUCGAAGAGCCCAGAUAUUACAAGGACUGCAAGUAAUUCACACAUCCCUUCUCCGUCUCGAAAAGUUUCAAACGGGGCGACGACCCAGACACCAAACCGGAUGGUGAGGCCCCAUUCAGCUGGCAGCGGCGAAAAGAAACGAGCAGUUUCCAACGGAAAGAUUGUAAAUGGGAAGUAGAUUGAUGAUAAAAAUAGAGGUUCUUGUUUGGCUUUCCUUUGGUUUUGGCUUGAGAGAUUUUGAGUGGCAAUAAUUCCAGUUGCUUGUAUCUGUAAGUAUUUGGUGGUUGAGAUCAGAAUCAGGUAUAUAUGCUUUAAGACUGGUCAGAUUGUAUCAGAACUUAUUCUUUAUUUUUCAUGUUUAUACUAGGAGAAAAUUACAGGAAAAGAAAAGGAGAGGGGGAAAAAAUGUAUCAAGAAGGGCAGUGAAAAGAAAAUCAAACAGUGGGUUUUUUUCCAAAAUUUUGCAGCAACAGAUUAUGUGCAGUUCAAGCAUUUUUCUCUCUAUCUUAUGCCUGAUCUAAGUUCAACUUUGUAGAGUGUACACUAUAGUGUAUGUUUGGUUCUUAGCAGUUAUUGCCAUAAGAACACGCAAAUUUGUUUUAACGACAAGUUGUUUUGUUAUAGAUGCAACAAUUAUAUAAUUUGCAAUGUAUAUUUUUGGGUUAA